CGGUCAUCAGCAGCGUCGCACAAAACCUCAUCCGUGCUCCCCCGUCGGUCAAGGGCAGGCUCAAAUCCUCCCUCCGCAGUCGAAGCGGCAAGCGGCAAGCGGCGAGAUACCAGCAGCUCGGAGAUAUUUUCACCUCUUUUUUACCCUCAGCUGCCCCCUCCACGUGUGACCCUGUGCACGUUCAUCCUCCCUUCCUCUGAUCCAACGAGCAUGGCCAGGUGCUCACGGUUCCAUCCCUUCAUUCCUGUCCUCCGCGUGCGAAUCAGAAUGACCAUCCUACUGUAGUCGCUCUCUCCCGUGCUGUCAAUGGCUUCUAUGUUCCCUCAUCCCUAACGCUCCCUGCUCUGUUCCUCACGCCGAGGCCGGUCUGAAAUUCUAGACCAGAUUGAGCGAUUAGUUGGGAAGGUCUCGGACAUCAUGAAGUUCGGACGGAAUCUUCCUCGAAACCAAGUCCCGGAAUGGGCAUCCUCCUACAUAAACUACAAGGUCCUGAAGAAGCUCAUCAAGGCCGCUGCCACUGGAGCAGAGAAACAAGAUGGAGAAAUUCCCGAUCUGGCUGGAUUCUUCUACACCUUAGACCGCAAUCUCGAGGAUGUGGAUCACUUCUACAACAAGAAGUUCCAGGACUUUUCGCGGCGUCUGAAACUUCUCGAAGACAGGUACGGAAUCUCCCCUCAAGCUGCGACCCAGCUCGAUGCGGAUGAUCGCGAAGACCUCCUGGCGGCGCUUUUGGAAUUGCGAGGCGAUCUGAGGAAGCUACAAUGGUACGGAGAAGUCAACAGAAGAGGCUUUAUCAAGAUCACAAAGAAGUUGGACAAAAGGAUCCCGGCGGCGCAUGCGCAGAAGAAAUAUCUCGAACUGAAGGUGGACCCCUCGGCCUUUGCAACAAAUACCCAGCUGUUUGCCUCAUUGAAUAAAAUCAAUGAUUGGAUCUCUGUGCUGAGUGAGGUUGCCGCCGCUCCCCCGAAUACCGCUGACGACGUUGCUUCCAUCUCCUCGGGGUCAUUGAAGCGCACAACUUCUCGGCCUUCAGUGAACAUUUCUGUUGAACAGUUGGCCAAAGUGGAAACCAAUAUCCGCCAGGAUGAUGCGCAAAGCCUGGAAGAAUGGAUCGUGGGAAUAACGAAACCAGGAACUGAAAACUCCGAGGCGGCGGUGCAAUUGCUGUUGAAUAAUCUCUUGCAGAGGGCAAUUUCCUCGCGGAGUCGGGCUUGCACAGCGCGCCUGCUGCGUGAGAUUGUCUUCCUGGACGCUCAAGACGACAUCAACCGCCGCAACUGCAUUCAUCGUCUUAUAAUUUCGGUCGGCCGCAAACAGUCGCAUGCGAGUCAGGAACCUGCCACCGAACCCCAGGCAGAUGCUGAAGCAGAUCUCCACAACUUCAUCACACCUGCAGCGCAUCCGUCCCCUGCCCUGAAGCGCUCGAUCGUGCAAGAAGAUCAACGAGUGCAAAACGUGACGCGUGAAAACGAGGCUGUUUUGUUCCUCCAAUUUCUACUCGACCACCUGAAUCCUUCACAACGGCCUGCUUUGUUGGCGAGAGACAGUGCAGGAAGGACCCCUCUACAUUUCGCGGCAGAGUACGGCAUUAGGGUCAUGUGUGAGAUCAUCAUUGAGCAUCUACAAGCGUGGAAAUUGUUCGAUGUCGCCGAAGGUAUUGACGGUCCUAAAUGGCAGGACGAGGACGGAUGGGCACCUCUGCAUCUCAGCGCCAUUGGCGGUCAUCCGUUGACAACUAAGGCUUUGCUCGAUGCCGAGAAGAGCAUGAGCUCCUCUAUCAAGCGGAGAUCAGCCAAGUCGUCGAUUGUUUUAGCUUUGGCCACCAAAGCAAACUUCAUCGAAAUCGUCCGGCUUCUUAUACAAGCAGGUGUCGACAUCAAUCACCAGGAUGAGCUAGGCGAUACGGCGCUCCAUGUCGCUGCUAGAUUUGGCCAUGUGGAAUGUGCAAGGCUACUACUCGAGGGCACAGGUGAACAGAAGGCUAAUAUUGAGCUACCUGAAAAAACUUACGGAUGGACACCAAUGUUCAUUGCUUGUGUCGACGGCCAUCUUCCGGUUGUAGAGCUGCUCAUCGAACACGGAGCUGAUCUUGAGCGCCUGGAUUCAUCAGGCUGGAAUGCAAAGGAGCACGCAGCUUUGAGAGGACAUAUCGACAUAGCACAGAGGCUCGACAGCGUCAUGCCUGAACCCGAGGCGGAACCGGAUGUUUCUAUAGCUUCGACAUCUCCUCCAUUGUUGUCAUCCCUAACCGAGCGAAACUCCAAUGGUCUGGGGUCAAAUGGGCAAACAAUCAAGACCACCGAAGCUGUCAAGACCUUUGGUCAUCGAUAUUUGACAGACAAGAGCAUGAUCUUGGUCAGCCUUGGUACCAUGGAUACUCGCAAAAGUAUUCGUGCGGUUAAUCUUGAUCGGAUCCCACUAUCAAGCGCUCACUCGACACAGCUCGAUACCGCGCUGUCCAUUGUCGUCUCAGCCAAAGCCGCCGAGGGCGAGCCUGAAGUCAUUGACCUUCCAGUCCAGGACAACAUUUCGACAGAACCAAUUGUCUUCCAUUCAGCCGAUCCAUCUAAAGUCAAGCUUUACUUUGACCUGAUUCCGACUUAUGCUGGCUCUCAAGAACGCGUGGUCGGGCGUGGUGUUGCCUUGCUGUCAAGCAUCAAGUCAAGCGUUGGAACAAAAAGAAUGUCGCUACAAGGCGACGUGACAGUCCCAAUUGUCGCGGCGAGCGACCUUGAGGUCAUUGGCUCGGUUACCUUCAACUUUCUCGUCAUUACACCUUUCAAACAUCCCAAUAUGUCGGUCACGGAAAAUCAGACGUACUGGAGGAGUAUGGCGUCGACCAUGGUCAUUGGCCACCGUGGCCUGGGCAAGAAUUUCGCCGCCGGUAGACGGUCUCUACAGCUAGGCGAGAACACCAUUCAAUCCUUCAUCGCCGCGGCAAACCUGGGCGCCUCGUACGUCGAGUUUGACGUGCAACUCACGAAAGACCACGUGCCUGUUAUCUAUCAUGAUUUCCUCGUCAGCGAAACGGGUAUCGAUGCCCCUGUGCAUACGCUCACCCUCGAACAAUUUCUCCACGUCAAUGACAUGCGAACGCCCCGCCAUUCUAGACCUGCUUCGCCUGUGCCAUUUGAAAAGCCGAAGUCAGCGAGUCUGAAGAACGUCGACCGAGAUCUACGAGCGUCUAGACUAAGAUCCAUGUCUGUGAGCGGAGCAACCAGCAACGAGUCCCUCGAGAUGGACGAGCGAAUGAAACAUACCCGCGAUUUCAAGAAGAAAGGCUUCAAAGGCAACACCCGGGGCAACCAUAUCCAAGCGCCCUUUGCCACCCUCGAAGAGAUGUUCAAGAAGAUUCCACAGGAUGUGGGUUUCAAUAUCGAGAUGAAGUAUCCCAUGCUGUACGAAAGUGAGGAUGAGGAGAUGGACACGUAUGCCGUGGAGCUAAACUCGUUUGUUGACACGGUUCUCACCAAAGUGUAUGACCUGGGCAAGGGAAGGAACAUCAUCUUCUCGAGCUUCAACCCUGAUAUCUGCCUGCUGCUGUCGUUCAAGCAGCCCAGCAUCCCCGUCCUGUUCCUGACAGAUUCUGGCACGAGUCCUGCAGGUGAUAUCCGCGCCACUUCGCUGCAAGAAGCUAUUCGCUUUGCGAGUCGCUGGAAUUUGCUCGGAGUGGUAAGCGCCGCAGAACCUCUGGUCGCAGCGCCUAGAUUGGUCAGGGUGGUGAAGGAAAGCGGGCUCGUGUGCGUGAGUUAUGGGACACUGAACAAUGAUAGUGCAAUGGUAAGAAAGCAAGUGAGGCAAGGGAUCGAUGCGGUCAUUGUGGAUAAUGUGCUUGCCAUAAGGAGAGGCCUGACGGAGGAUGUGGCCAAGGUCAGUGGUGCCAGUACUCCUCGUUCCGGAGUGAAGACUACGGGAGAGCACAAUGGGACCGGCGCCGGUGACCUGAAGAAGUUGCUGGGUGGAGUGGAGAGUUUGAAGCUUCCUGACUCUGUUCAGGCGGCAAAGAUCGAGCCAAAGACAACGGUUGCUCAAGUUGGCAACGGCGACGUGAACGGACUCGUCAAUGGACAAAGGACAACAUGAGGAGAGGAGGGUGGUUGGCAGCAGCUCGUCGAGAGCCUCGUGAUUCUGCUUCUGACAUCCGGAGAAACAGUUCUCACCGUUUGAAUCGAAGAGCCUACUGAAUGAAGAGGGACAUUGCAUUGUGAAUACUUCAAGGAAAGCUCGAGCGGGUGCAGCAUUAAAGAGGCACGGAACUCGGAGAAGCAGACGUCAAAUUGCACGCCCAAGAUGCCGAGUUCAGGCGGGAGUUAUAUGGAAACCUGGGAUCUGGGAAGAUGGAAAAUGGAAGUUUGGAAUGGAAAUUUAGGAUAAGGAAAAAGCAGGGAGGAAAAGGGCGGGAAAAACCCCCUUUGUUUGUCCAGUGUUCCAUUUUUCCCACUCUUCCUCUAUAUGUGAAGGAAUAAAAUCUCUUUCUUGCUUGUCU